UGGGGUUCAGGUCAGUCGACUAUGGCGCUGCCUGCUACCUUUCUGUCUGAAGACCAGUUCACCUGCUCGAUCUGUCUGGAGAUAUUCAACGAUCCAAUCGCAACACCGUGCGGCCACAGCUUCUGCAAGGCCUGCAUCUCAUCGUACUGGGACGGAGCAGGAGGACGGGGUGCCAAGUUUUACCAGUGUCCCUUCUGCAAGGAGUCCUUCCCCAAGCGACCAGAACUCCAAAUCAACCGAACCCUGAAGGAAAUCACUGAACUGUUCAAGCAGGUUCCAACAGACAGAAGAUCUGGAGGAGCGGAGAAUACCAACUCGCAUCCUCAGCAUCAUCAUUCAGCCCAGUCUCCGCCCGGGAGGCCAAGGGAACUGCCGGAGGGCAUCUUUGCUGAGAUGAUGACUCGUUUUAAGCGGUUGCCUUCUUCCGAGAUGCCUCACACCACCCUCCCCUAUCCCAAUGACCCUCACGCCCAAAGCCCCGGCCCAGUCAACGCUCACCUGUCCUUCCAGGCUCAGAACAAUGAGCAACAUUACCCGCGUCCACCCUACUUCCCUUCAGCCAGGGACCCUCUGAAAGGUCGCGGGGACUCUUCCCCCGGUCUGCCUCUGUGUCCCAUCCACCUGAGAGGUCUGGAGUUCUUCUGUCAGACUGAUAACACCUGCAUCUGCAGCAUCUGUGCGGAGACAGCAGAGCACCGAGGACACAAUGUCACCUCUGCUAAGAGAGAGUGGCACAUAAAGAAGUCCCAGUUAGGUAUUGCAGAGCUGGAGCUGAAGGAACUCAUCUGCGAGAAACAGAGGAAAGUGGAAGAAAUACACAACUCCUUACGAGAGACACAAGUUGCUGCUGAGAGAGAGACAGAUGGACUUGUUUGUGCGUUUUCCAAACUUAUCUCCAGAGUGGAGCGCUGCCAAGCUGAAGUCUUGGAGGUGAUGGAGAUGACUCGGCGAGCGGCUGAGCACAGAGCUCAGAACCUGCUGAGAGAGCUGGAGGAGGAGAUAGCUGAGCUAAAAAAGAAGAGUACAGCACUCAGCCAGCUGGCUCUCUCUGAAGACUACAUACACUUUCUAAAGAUGUUUCCUGUCUUGUCCGUCCCUCAACAAACUAAAGACUGGUCAAGCGUCUCUGUGGUGUCUGAGCUGACCUCAGGGGUGAUUCUCAGGACUGUCAAUCAGAAGAUCGAGCGCUUUCAGGAAGAGAUGCGGAAACUGCCCGAAGUCUGCCAGCUCUCCUCGUUGGACCAAUCCCUACCCAGGCCCAACCCAAAGAUAAGGAGGGUUCAGGAAUAUGCAGUCGACAUCACUUUAGACCCCAGCACAGCCCACCCACGUAUCAUCCUUUCAGAAGAUGGGAAGCAGGCGCAGUGUGGCGACUGCCAUCAGCCGGUACCAGACAAUCCUGAACGCUAUGACCGGGUAGUGUGUGUGCUGGCCCGCCAGGGCUUCAGCACAGGACGGCAUUACUGGGAGGUGGAGGUGGGAGGAAAGACUGACUGGGACCUGGGAGUGGCAAGCUGUUCAGUCAAUCGGAAAGGAAAAAUCACCGUCAGCCCCGCCCAUGGCUACUGGUUCCUCAGCCUGCGGGAUAAGACCGACUACGCCUUCCGAACACUACCCUCAACCAUCCUGACAGUCAACCCCAGACCCUCACGGGUUGGAAUCUAUGUGGACUGUGAUAAGGGCGUGCUGACCUUCUACAACGUGGAGGCCAGAAUGCUCAUCUACACAUUCACAGAUACGUUUACUGACACCAUUCAUCCGUUCUUCAGCCCCUGUACUAAUAUAUCAGGAAGGAAUGAGGCUCCACUAAUCAUUUGCCCUGUUGCAAUGACAGAAUGA